AUGUCCAGUCAAAAUAUACUUAUCGCAAGAGCCUGUUCGGUGAUUAGAAUAGUAACACCGGAUGAAUUGAUCCUGCAAGCCUAUACUGUCGUUCGUGCUAGAGCUGUUGAUUAUGAAAGACAUCCAAAUGCUCUAGGAAUCGGAAUCAUUCGAUUCGCAGUCGAAGAAGUAAUCAAGGGUAAUACAAUCAUUCCAAAUCCACUUCGUAUCGAAGGUACUUUGAAUCAGAACGACGAUUUCAAUGAUCGCAGUGUACCGUACAAUCUCGUUCGUCCAGGCGGACGUAUGGGCAGCUGUUUUGCACGAUCAUAUAAACGAAAUGGUAACUUUCUACUAUUCCUGAAUCGACAAUACGCACCGUACUGGAGUGCACUUGCACCUGUCAAUGAACAACUUCAUACGUCACCAAUUGUUGAUCCAUGGUUACAAUGGGUCAAGGACCGGAUCAACUCCUUGACAAACAAUCACCAUUCUAAUCAGUUUCUCACAAGUGGUGCCACAAAACCUCGAUCCUUUUUCCUUUAA